CCAAGAUUUCUCAUUUAUUUAUUUUUUUUUUCUUUUAAAAAUACUCCGCUAUAGUACUUCAGCAUUUCCUUUUUUCAAGAAUAAAUAGUAUCCCAAGUAGAAACCAGAAAGAACAUUUGCAAAAAUUAAAAAGGCUCAUUAAUGGCAGUAUCAGUUUGUGAGUUUUGGGGCUGGGUUGAGAUGUGGAAGAAGACAACAAAAUUUGGAAUAUUAAAUGAGUGGACAGAUUGCUACCCAAGGUCCAAUAACUAGAGAAAGAAAGAAAGAAAGAAAUAAACAAAUAAAAAGAGUGAAGGGGUUUGUACAGGCACAGGGGAGAGAGCCGUGAUAUCCGAGCCCCAACCCUCACCACCCACACAGAAAAAAAAAAAAAAAACAAAUAACUCUAUUCCAUUGCAUAACAGCAGAUCACCUCUUUCUUUCUUCCUUCCGGGGCUCUUCUUACCUCGAUUUGAUCGUUCCUUUCUUUCUCUCACUUUGCUUCUCUAUAAAACUUUCUGUUUCUCUCUCUUUUCUUUCUUUGCCAGUAAUCGCAGUGCAUCAGUGGCAGUGCAAGAAAAGAGGGGGAGAGUUUUCAUCGGGAAGGUAAAGCUUUACCUCAGUGCCUCAAAGAUAACAAACACAUUUUCAUUUUAUGAACCACCACCGCCUGCCUCUUCUUCUGCUCCUGCUACUAUUUCCCUCUCUCUCUCUCUCUCUCUCUGUUCACCCCGCGCGCGUGCGCUCUCCGCUAUUUUCAUCUCCAACUCCCCCCUCUUUCUCCUACUCACAAACAGAAUUCUGAGAUUAAUGCUUUUAAAUCCACAAAGAUAAACGCCCUAAUGCAUUUCCCCAAGGAAAGGCAAAACUGAGCACUCUUUAAUUGGCAGACCUAGCCAAGAGUGUAAAACCCACAAAACUGACUCACUCGCUACUCCCACUACUAUCACUCUUUAGGAUUUCCUGUAAAAAGGCUGUUUGUUGAAGCAUAAAUCUCGGGAGAGCACUGCACAUACAAUAUAACAACAAUCUUUUAGAACAAAGAGAUUGCGUAGGAGAGAGAAACACCCGAUUCAAAGAAAGAAAGACACAUAUCAUGGGUAAAAUUGUUAGUACUACUGCUAUAUAGCUAAGCACAAGCGAACAACUAGGAACGGAUAAGACACUAGUGUGUGUUGUAUGUGUAAGAGAGAGAUAAUGGAGGGUGGUUCCAAUAGCACUUCUUGCAUGAUGGCUUUUGGAGACAACAGUAAUGGACUAUGUCCUAUGAUGAUGAUGCCUCUCAUGACUUCGCAUCCCCAUCAUCACCAUCAUCAUCCUCCUCCUCCUCCUCCUAAUGCAGACUCAUCAUCAAAUACCCUAUUCCUUCCUCUCCCACCUCCCACCAACCAUCAAGACCAAAACCGUAAUAGUAGUAGUGCUUCUUCUAUGAUUCUUGACGAUCAUAACAACACCACCACCACCACCACCAACACCAACACAAGCUGUUAUUUCAUGGACAGCAACGAUGGCUCUGCUGCUUCUGUCAAGGCCAAGAUCAUGGCUCAUCCUCAUUACCAUCGUCUCUUGGCUGCUUAUAUCAACUGUCAAAAGGUUGGAGCACCGCCUGAAGUGGUGGCUCGACUAGAAGAAGCUUGUGCUUCUGCGGCAGCAAUGGGCCCGACUGGCACGAGCUGUGUAGGUGAAGAUCCGGCCCUGGACCAGUUCAUGGAGGCUUACUGUGAGAUGCUUACGAAGUAUGAGCAAGAGCUUUCGAAGCCCUUCAAGGAAGCCAUGCUUUUCCUCCAGAGGGUUGAGUGUCAAUUCAAAGCCCUUACUGUUUCCUCUCCAAAUUCCGCUUGUGGUGAGGCUGGAGAGAGGAAUGGAUCAUCUGAAGAAGAAGUUGAUGUGAAUAACAACUUCAUAGAUCCCCAGGCGGAAGAUCAGGAACUGAAGGGUCAGCUUCUUCGCAGGUACAGUGGAUGUUUAGGCAAUCUCAAGCAAGAGUUCAUGAAAAAGAGAAAAAAGGGGAAGUUACCCAAGGAAGCCAGACAGCAGUUACUGGAUUGGUGGAGCAGACAUUACAAAUGGCCUUAUCCAUCGGAGUCACAGAAGCUGGCCCUAGCAGAAUCCACAGGCCUGGACCAGAAGCAAAUUAACAAUUGGUUCAUUAACCAGAGGAAACGGCACUGGAAACCAUCGGAGGAUAUGCAGUUCGUAGUGAUGGAUGCUACGCAUCCUCAUUAUUACGUGGAUAACGUUCUUGGUAACCCUUUCCCGAUGGACAUCUCUCCUACAUUGCUGUGAAGAUGACCGGAUAAAUAUAAAUUAAUAUAUAAUCAAAUAGUAUUAUAUUUAUAUGUUACUGCAAUUCUAAUUGUUGGAAUGCAGGUGGAUUUGUAUUUACACCUAUAAUCUGACAUGGAAUUUAUGAUAUGUCGUAGUAUCUAUAUCAUGUAACUGAAUGCUGAGCCAGCCGGCCAGCCGGUGGUUCUCUUAUUUACAUAGUAAGUUUUGAAAUUUGUAACGUUGUUC